AUGGCUCUGUCAAACCCCAACACCUCCUAUCAAAUUCCCAAUGGCAAUGAUCCCACAAAACCAUUCACCUUUCUCAACAUUAACAAUGCCAACAGGCUUACCGCUACAAACUAUCUUUCAUGGAAAAUGCAAAUUGAGGCCAUUCUAGUUGGUCAUGAUCUCUACCAGUAUGUUGACGGCACUCUCCCUUGCCCUCCUCCUACUAUCACCACUGAUGGUGUGGAAAAACUCAAUCCCGACUUUUCCUUUUGGACUCGUCAGGAUAAGCUUCUAAUAGGUGCUUUAAUUGGUACCCUCUCACAAAACCAAUACCCUCUUGUCUCCGAAGCCCGAAGCUCUAAGCAACUUUGGGACAUUCUUGCCAAGACAUACGCCACACCUAGCCGUGGUCACAUUAAGCAACUCAAAGAUCAGUUCAACCGCAUCACUAAAGGCAACCGAACCAUCACCGAGUUCAUGCAAUCUGUCAAGGCUUGUGUAGAUCAACUUGCUGCCCUUGGAAAGAAGAUGGAGCAUAUCAUGAAGAUAUAA